CAAUACGCGCGACAUCGACCAGGCCAGGCUGAACAACAAGUUGUAAAUUGAGUAUUGUGACACAAAAAUGGACAACGAAACCAGCAUGUAUCUCGAAAAUAUAGAGGAGUAUGUUCUUGAUGAAGACAGAGUUGUUACUUACAAAUGGCUCAGCCAGACUCUGGAAAUUCAUGUGAAUUUAGCUAAGAGAUUACUGGAGACAUUCUUAAGUGAACAGAAGAAGAAGGGAUCUUCUACAUUGAAUGUCACAUACGCAAUCACAGGAACACAGGAAACGAAAAAUGGAACUCAGAUGACGAAGAUUGCUAUCGUGAAAGAAGAUGGGUUAGAUGCUGUGAAGUCAGGUAUGAAGGAAGUGCUCGGACAACAUGUCUUCAGUAUUCAGAAAAGCGCCCUCAAAGACAACAGCUCACUCUUUACAACGGAUUAUGAAAUUACCCAACAGAACAUUGCACAAAUAAACAGGUUUAGUGCUAUUCAAUGUAAAGCAGUUGACGUGAGAUCAUUGGCAGAUCUGGAAAGGAAUCAAGUACCGCAACAAAAGUCUUCAACAGGAAAACCGAAGCAGGUAAAUGGAUUUGGCAAUCAAAGUACGUCAUCAAAGCCUGCAUCGUCAACUUUAUCAUCAUCAUCAUCUUCAGCGUCGCAGAAAUCCAAAGUUAAGAAAGGCUCGAUUGAAGCUAGCUUUGCCUCACAGUCAACAAAAAACAAAGCUCACGGACCCAAGAGUGAGAAGACGGAACAAAAACCAAAAGCAAAGAAGAAAGAGGAGCAGAAAUCAAAGCCUAAGGGUAUGCUAGCAUUUAUGAGUCAAAAGAAAAAGGAAGAUUUGCCUUCAGCUUCUUCAGGACCAGCAGGGGAUUCUGGGAAGGAUGAUAAGAGAUCAGUCAAAGAAGAAAAGGAGAAAGAGGAGGAGGAGGAGGAGGAAGUAGAUGUAGAAAGCAGCAAGCAUGAGAAGACAGGGGUCAAAGGUGGAAGGUUACAGAGGUCAAGUCAGGCAGACAAGAAGAAGAAGAGAAUAGUUGCUUCAGAUUCAGAAUCAGAUGAUGAAAGCCAGAAGAAGACGGUUGCUAGGAAACGAAGGCGUAUCCUCCGGCAAGAAGACAGUAGUAGUGAAGAGGAGGAGGAUGAGGAGCAAGAUGACAUGGAUGAUAGCCCCAUCCCACCGACUCCGCCCCCUGUGGCCCAGCCUGUCCAAUCAGAUGAGGAAGAUGAGGCCACACCCCCAUCUAAGAGCCAAUCAGAGGAGAGGUCAUCGACAGGGAAGAAGAGAAUCAGUAAGAGAGUGCUGAGGAGCAAAGUCACUGUAGAUGAGGAGGGAUGUAUGGUGACGGAAAAAGUCUGGGAGACCGAGUCUACAGAUGCCAGUGACGAUGACAUUCCUCCGCCAGCGCCCAAACCCAAACCACAGCCCAAGAAAGAGGACAAGGAUUCGGACGACGACGAUGAUAAGAAAGGAAAGAAAGGAAAAGGAAAGAAGACCUCACCACCAAGUAGUUCAGGCAAACAGUCUUCUUUAAUGAGCUUUUUCAAGAAGAAAUGAAAAUCUUACCAUUAUUUAGAGACAAUGUUGAAGGCUUUCUUAUGCAGGAGCUUCUAGAGGCAUCAAGUACUUUUAGGACCAUUUUGGAGCUCUUGCUCUUUUCAGGAUUGCUCCAAGAAUGUUCAGCUCGGCUCAGGAGAAAAUUCCUUUGAGAAAUUGUCCUUCAUGGCGAUGGAUGUUUUUGUAAAGUCAUGGAAUGGUAUUCCGAGACUUGUCUGUUGUAAAGUGAGACUGGUUCAUAAGACUAAUCAUUGA